AAAAUACCACGGUUUGGCAUGAAGGAAAUUAGGGUUACGUUCUCCAAGGAGGCUUUAAAAUAAUAGGGUUUUAGGGUUUUUUUCCUUUUUUCAUUUAUUGGCGACGUUUGCUUCGUUUGUCGAAGCUAGUUUCAGAUACAGAGGGAUACCAAAUUGUAAAGAAGAGAGUUUUAGGGUAGAAAAUAUCUGCACAUUUCCUAUUUCUGAUAAAAAAUGGCGCAGAGAGUGGGAGGGCUGUCUCAAAAGGAGGCAGACAUUCAGAUGAUGCUCGCUGCCGAUGUUCAUCUCGGCACCAAAAACUGCGAUUUUCAGAUGGAGCGUUAUGUCUUCAAGAGGCGUACUGAUGGGAUUUUCAUCAUAAACUUGGGCAAAACAUGGGAAAAGCUCCAGCUUGCCGCAAGGGUCAUCGUUGCAAUUGAACACCCUCAAGAUAUCAUUGUUCAAUCUGCAAGGCCUUAUGGACAAAGAGCUGUUCUGAAGUUCGCUCAGUACACUGGAGCACAUGCAAUUGCAGGCAGACAUACUCCAGGAACAUUUACAAAUCAGCUGCAGACUUCAUUUAAUGAGCCUCGUCUUUUAAUUCUCACUGAUCCAAGGACUGACCAUCAGCCUAUUAGGGAAGCAGCUCUAGGGAAUAUCCCUACAAUUGCAUUCUGUGACACUGAUUCACCGAUGAAGCACGUUGAUAUUGGGAUACCUGCAAACAAUAAGGGUAAACACAGCAUUGGUUGCCUGUUUUGGAUGCUGGGAAGAAUGGUUUUACAGAUGCGAGGUACCAUCCUCCCUGGUCACAAGUGGGAUAUCAUGGUUGAUUUAUUCUUUUACAGAGAGCCAGAGGAAGCUAAAGAGCAUGACGAAGAAGAGGCUCCUGUUCCUGAAUAUGCUGCUGACUAUACUGCACCUGCACUUGGUCUUCCGGGAGAACAAUGGGGUACUGAAGUUGCAGAUGCUCAAUGGGGUGCCCCUGAAGCUGGUGCAAUUCCUGUAACUGUACCUGCUAUUGCUGCAGCUGACUGGACCGGUGCCCCUGGUCCUAUCGCUGCAGAAGGAUGGGACACGGCGCCUGCACCGUUGCCUACACCGUUGCCUACACCAGCAGGGUGGGAUGCUGCAACAAUGUCAAGUACACCCAGUGUCUCGGUUCCCAACUGGGAAACUGGCACCCAACCUAACUGGGCUCCCGAACCCUAGUAGAAUCUUGAUUAGGUUGUUCUGGUAGUUAGAGUGAACAAUUUUUAUUUUACGAGUUCCUGAAAUUCAGUGGGGUUUUGUAGGACAGAGGCAUUAAAGGCAGAAUGAAUUUUUUGAUGGCUUGAGCUCUUCACUAUAGGUGGAAUAACUACUAGCUUUUAUCUACUGCUCACUUUCAAUGUACCAAUUAUGUUGUUGGCACACAAACAAUUUUUGUACUAUUUUGUAGCUUUAGAAAUGUCAGUAUCUCUGAUUUUACUA